AUGAAGACUUUCUCUGCUCAACUCAUCCUCCUUGCAUCCUGCCUGGGUACCUUCGCUUUGAGCGUACGUUCUGUUCCGCAGGCAGUGGUAAACGACUGCCCGUCUGCACAAGAAGUUAGCUCGUCGGUCAUCAGCGUCAACGGCGAGAAAAUCCUGCGCCAGGUGUUCGAAUGCCCAGAGGGCAACUUCACCUCGGCCUCAUUCGACCCAUCCAAGGCGCGUGUCCUGAAUUCACGUUCCCUCUUCGAGGAGCGUAGUCAAGCGGAGUGCACUACUCCGAACCCUGAGUGCCAAUGUGGAUCAAGUGUCAACAUCCCAGUCGAAUGUGGUUGCUUUGAAGACAGCAGCGGCCCCUCUUCAAGCGACUGUAACUCCCUUCUCGGCUCGACGCCCGUCAUCGCAUCAAUCCAAGGCCCGACAUUCAUCGUUGGCCCCAACCAAGUCCAUUCUUUAACGUUGAGAACGUGCACGCUCGGUUUUAUCAAUCUGGCGAGUACGAAUUCUGAGUAUUGCUGGGAUGACCUUGUCAGUUCUUCCGACUUUCUGUCUUCCCUAAAUGAGAGUAUAUUGAAAAUGAUUCGUUCCUCUCUCUCCCAGGCGAACAGCAUGAACAGCGUCUUCUCGUGUAUGACCGAUUCACCCAUCGCUAGUGCCGUAUGCGUCGCUUUGGACCAGCGUUUCGUCUCGCGCUUGGGUCUUAAUCAGUGA